UCUCUUGUUGCGUGUCUGCCCUACGCACUUCACAAGCCUCUCACCUGUAUAACUAACUAUACCUUUUGUAUUACUGCUUGCAUGAUCUGUAUAUCUGCAUUCCUAGCAUUGUACUGUUACUGCUCCUCUACAUAUCCGCACACUUCCGCUGUCGAGCAUCGUUCCCAACCCAUCCACACUCGCAUGCGAUCGUGGCUUUGAACACCUUUGAACCCGAUCCCAUGGCGCACCGACUCGAGAACACCAGCAAUGAGCCUGCUCGUCCAUCAGAGUACCGCGACGACGAAGCGAGCGUGUCAAGUGACACAAUAACGCUCGACGACAGUGCUCUUAUCGCACUCUCCGAAGCUUCCAAUGACGAGUACUUUCGUGCAUCACAGCCCCGAUGGAAACGUUAUGUCCCUCGUAUCUCCUCCAGCUCGCGUUUGAGUCGCUACGUAAAGGCCGUGGACAAAUGGAUCAAAGGCCCUCAACCCCCAAGAAGAUGGCACAUUACCCCGUUCUUCCCGGCCGUACAAGAAUUCCCCAUUGUCUUACUAGAACGGUACUGCCCGAAGCGAAAACAAAAGGUCGCGGCCCUCAUUCUUGCAUAUCUUGCCUGGUUUAUCUGCUUUGCCUCUAUCUUGAGGAAGUCUGCCUUUUCCGCGGAUGUCCCGGGCUAUGGAUCGCCUGUCAACUAUGGGUGCGAGGAUAGGUUCUGGCGAGACUUUAAUGGCUGUGGUCUCAAUGGAGACCUAUGUCGCCCUUUCGCGAAUCGCACGAUACCGUUCCGAUGCCCGGCGAACUGCAAACGCGAGAUAAUAGCAAAUGAUCAUGCGGUCGGAGAUCAGGAAAUCAACUAUCAGUCUUUGGUCAUUGGUGGUGCUGAUGGUGAUCAGAGUUUGGAUCAUGCACGCUAUCGUGGGGACUCAUUCAUCUGCGGUGCGGGGAUUCACUCAGGCUUUAUUGGGGAUGAGAAGGGUGGAUGCGGCGCUCUUCGUUUGACCGGCGAGGCCAACCACUUCCCGGCCUCCAAGAGAAAGGGAAUAUCGAGUGUUGGGUUUGAUUCAGACUUUCCUCUAUCCUUCACCUUUAUCGAUGGGUCGCAGGCCAAAUGCGCAGACCUCAGGUGGCCGCUCCUAGGUGUAUCUGUUAUCUUUACGGUCAUUAUCUCCCUCUUCACGACGUCACCUGCCGUCUUCUUCUGGACCAUGUUUACCGGCAUGUUCUUUCACACAGCACUUGUAUCCGACCCUCCUACCCAACGCGACUAUCACGCACUUAUCAGCGUAACGCUCGAGCGCUUCCUCCCCGCCGCGUUUUGCGCAUUUGUCAUGUACAAAUACUGCGCCAAACGGACGCUUACUGGCUUAACUGCCCAAUUCGAGAAGACUAUAUUGUGGGUCGGCGGCUGCUGGGUCGGAUCGUUGAACAACUACACAUUUGACAAGAUUCCCAUCCAGCGCCUCACCCCGCACGAUAUCAAACAGCAACCCGGCGCCAUUCCUGCGCUCCUUAUCGUAAUUUUUAGCCUCCUCUUCAUCGCCCUCGGCCAGGCUUGGGCACUACGAGUCGAGGGUCGUUUACCGCGCUACCUCGCCCUGUACGGCACAUACGUCGCCGGCAUCCUGAUUAUGGUGGCCAUUCCCAGUAUGAAUGUCCGGAUUCACCACUACAUCCUCGGACUGCUCCUCAUCGCCGGCACAUCAAUGCAGACUCGGCCGUCGCUGCUCUAUCAGGGAAUACUGGUAGGGUUGUUCAUCAACGGCGUUGCCCGCUGGGGCUUUGCAUCGAUCCUCGAGACACCAUUCGCCCUGCGCGGCGACGCUAAGCUCGGCACCCUUCUCCCGCAUAUUCUGCCACCAAUAAUUCACGCCAACAAGGGCCUGUCGAGGCACGGCGUGAAUCCGAACAUCACCUUUGAAUGGAAGCGACCGCUCCCGGAGACGCCAGAUCGCUGGGAGGGCGUUAGUGUGCUGGUCAACGACGUGGAGCGGUUUAGGGGCUACGAGGACAUGGGCGAGACGAGCUUUACGUGGGAACGCGAGGCGGACAAGCUGGACCUGCCGACGUACUUCCGAUUCGGCUACCUGAGAGGUAGCGGCGUAGGCGACUAUUCGCGCGCAGGCGUAUGGGGCAGCGAUGGUGGCUGGACGGAGAUGGAGGCUGGACCUAGCUAGUUGGGGCAUGCGCAGCUUUUGUUUUUGUCGUCGGUUCUUGCGGAAGGCUCGGAUUUGGAUGUGGUGUGGGCGCCGUGAGAUGCAUUGGAUAUAUACUCUGGCAUAGGUGUAGUGUAGUACACGAAUAGUAGACGGACAAACGAGCUUGUGCUAUAGCGUCUAAAGCUAGAAUUCAAAUGUUGAGAACAGUGUCAACGUCAACGAUAGCAGUAUACAACUAUCCCCAAUCU